UUGGAGCAGAGGUCGAGUCGUGACAUCAGACAGCAAGCAAUUCCAAUUCCAACUCAGAGCAUGGAGGAGGAGGAAGGAGGACGAUUCCCACUCAAAAAGAAGCCAUGGGAGAAAGACGGCGAAGUCGAUUACAAGACCAAGGCCGGCACCGCCUGGUCGCAUUCCUUCCUCAACCAGAAGCCCUGGCAUCCACUCUCCUACCCCAACCAACGCCGCAAGUGGAUCGCCGAGCAGACCGACGCGCAGAAGCAGCGCCGCGCCGAGGAGAUAUCUCGAGAGUAUGCGCAGGAACAGGAUUUUCUCAAGCAGACUGCUCUCGUAUCCAAAAAGGAGAAAGAAAAGUUAGAAAUGAUGAAAGCUGUUAGCUUCAUGUACGUGAAACCUCCGGGUUACAAUCCAGAAAGUGCUAAAGCUGCUGAAAUGGCUGAUGAGAUAAAGAAAGACGAUGAGAAAAAUCUUCAAGAUCCUUCUUUAGAUGGUGCUUCAUCUUCAUUGAAAGCGGGCACUGUGCCUUCUGCAGUUGAUAAAAAGAAGGGAAGGCCUAAAGAUGUUUUUGGCCGUGCUUUGCCAACAGAAGAACAAUUUGAAGUCCUCAAAAAUGCUCCAAGGUUAGAGACUGGAGUUGCUGGCAGGUCAAAACCAUUUGGUGUUGAGAUUCGCAACGUGAAAUGCCUCAGAUGUGGUAACUUCGGACACCAAAGCGGUGACCGUGAAUGCCCUAUGAAAGAUGCUAUAAUGCCCAAUGAGGAAAGUCGAUUGAAACGGGAUGACCCCUUAACAGCCAUCCAGGCUCAAACUGAUUCCAGUGAGCCACUGAAGUGGGAGCUGAAGCAAAAACCAGGAAUGAGCCCUCCUCGUGGAGGGUUCGACCUUGAUGACCCCAACCAACAGAUUGUUGCAGAGGACAUAUUCGAUGAAUACGGAGGUUUCCUUGGAGAAACAAUCAUACCAGAGCUGCUAACAAACAAUUCAUCUACCAAAAAGUCCAGAAAGAACAAGCACACAGGAAUGUCUUCUCCUACAAGCAAUGAAAUGAGAGACCAUCGACAGGAGAGUGAUAAGUUGUCUGACGAUGAUAGGAGGAGAAAAUUGACCAAAGGACACAAGAAAAAGAAGCCAAGGCUUUAUGAUACAGAAUCCAGCUCAUCAGAAAGUUCAGAGGACGACAGUAGACGAAGGAUAAGAAGAAAGAAGAGAAGCAGACACAAGCAUAGUCGCCGAUCAAGUUCCUCUGAGGCUUCAGAUUCCGACAAGGAACAUGGAAGUCGACACCGCCGUCGUCAUCGAUCUAGGGAACGACAUCAUCGCCAUCGCCACCGUCGCACAUAAUCAUCAGAUUCAUCAAGGACCAUUUUACACUGAAUCAAAAGUGGGGGUUUACCUUCCGAUCAAAAAAAAAAAAAAAAAAAGUGGGGGUUUACCCAACGGGAACAUUUAAUUGGGAAAGGAAGAUGUAUUUUAUAUUUUGAACUUGUGAAAGGACAUAUUUUUUUUCUUUGACCAGCGAA